UGGAGAACAAGCAAAAUUUAAGGUGAAAGGAGUGUUAUUUUUGGAGCCACGUCUGGAAUCGAUCGAUAAAAGCCGCCAAGCUGUUCAGUUUACCCCAAGUCUACAAUAAGACGACCGACUCGAGCCGUCACAGCAGCAGCAGCAGUAGCAGAAUGCCAGUUCACGAGUUCAAGGUAGAGAUGACCUGCGGCGGAUGUGCCAGUGCCGUGGAGCGUGUCUUGGGCAAAUUGGGCGAUAAGGUCGAGAAAGUCAACAUCAACCUGGACGACCGGUCGGUGGCCAUAACGUCCAACUUGACAUCUGACGAGCUGCUGGAACAGCUGCGCAAGACCGGAAAGGGCGUCACAUACGUCGGCGUGAAGAAAUGAGAUGAGCUUCUCAGCAAGUUUGAGAAGUACGGCAAACUCAAACUUGAGGUCUAGGCCCUGGCUCUGGCUGUGGGUCUAGCGGAUAGAGGGAUCUUCCAUGUUGCCGGAACGAUGGCGAGGACAAUGCGUUCGAGUUGGGUCGCUGCGAGGGGUAUUCGUUCAGUGAUAUUCAUGAGAUACAUACAAAUUUUACUCUUAACCAAAAUCAAAAAUAGGAACGUUUUACAAAUUUUACACUAGUAUUUGCUCUUGCCCAAAUUUUACUUAGCUGAUAGAUAACCAAAUUAAGGUGUUUAUAUAAUAUAAUCCCCGUAACUUAUGCCUAGAUGAAACAUUUCAACAAUUUUAAUCUUAAUAUAGAAAUGAAAAACUUUGACUCGAUAGAUGCCUGGAUUCCAGGUCAACAAAUAUUUCCAAUGUAGUUGCCAAUAAAUGAUAUACGCCAA